AGAUGUCCGAUAAUUCGCUGCCAGCCGGAUGGGAAAAGCGUCAGAGCCGCUCGAAUGAUCGCGUCUACUACUUCAACACGGCCACCGGCCGCAGCCAAUGGGAGCGCCCAGACGAGUCGGCGUUUGGAAAAGGAAGCGAGCUAAAAUCCGUCCAAUGCCUUCAUUUGCUCGUAAAACACGAUGGAAGCCGUAAUCCAUCGUCUUGGCGGUCCGAUCACAUCACAAGAUCCAAGGAUGACGCGAUUAACAUCCUCAAAAAUUACGAAAAGGAGCUGAAAGAUGCGUCGAACAUUGAGGGAAAAUUCCGUGAACUCGCCAAACAAUUCAGCGAUUGCAGUUCGGCAAAACGUGGCGGAGAUCUUGGGCCAUUCGAACGUCGUCAAAUGCAGAAACCAUUCGAAGACGCCUCAUUUGCACUGGAAAUUGGAGAAAUGUCUGAUAUUGUGGAUACUUCAUCCGGUGUUCAUCUCAUCUAUCGUAUCAAAUAAAUUGCCUGGAAAAAUCGAUAUUUUAUUGUUUUUUUUCUUCAGUAUUUUUACUAAAAAUCGAUAUUUUAUUGAUUUUCUGACCAUUUUCUUGGAAAAAUCGAUAAUUUAUUGAUUUUUUUAUUGAAAAAUCAAUUUUUAAUAGAAUUUUCACUGAAAAAUCGAUAAUUUAUUGAUUUUUUUAUUGAAAAAUCGAUUUUUUUAAAGAAUUUUCCCUAAAAAUCGAUAUUUUAUUGAUUUUUUAUUGAAAAAUCGAUUUUUUUUUUCGGUAUUUUCACUGAAAAAUCGAUAUUUUAUUGAUUUUAUCGAGAGUUUUCACACUAAAAAAUCGAUAAUUUAUUGAUUUUUUUAAUUGAAAAAUCGGUUUUUAUAGAAUUUUCACUAAAAAAUCGAUAUUUUAUUGAUUUUUUUUAUUGAAAAAUCGAUAACUUAUUGAUUUUAUUGAGAGUUUUCACACUAAAAAAUCGAUUUUUGACCAUUUUCACUGAAAAAUCGAUAAUUUAUUGAUUUUUUAUUGAAAAAUCGUUUUUUAAAAGAAUUUUUACUAAAAAUUCGAUAUUUUAAUGAUUUUUUUUGGACUAAAAAAAUUGAUUUUUUUUUUGAAAUUCUCCGCGAAAAAUGAUAAUUUAUUGAUUUUUUCAGUAUUUUCACUAAAAAAUCGAUAAUCUAUCGAUUUUUGACCAUUUUCCCUAAAAAAUCGAUAUUUUAUUGAUUUUUUAAAUUGAAAAGUCGAUAAUUUAUUGAUUUUUCCGCUGCUAUUCCUCCAGAUAUCUCAGUUUUUCCCCCAUUUUUCGCUCUCUACUUUUUUUUUGAAUUUUAUUUGCAAAAUGUACCUUUGAUUAAAUUUCCAUAUAGUAUUUUUUUUUCGAUGAAAAUUUUUU